CUCGGUCUCGGUAAUUAGUUAAACUUAAACUUAUUGAAAAUGUCAGCCUUUCGAGUGUUUUCAAGGUUGCCUCACAGUAAUGCAACUUUUAUACAGACACCUUUGGUUAUAAAUUUAUCACUGCGUAAGUUGAUCGAUAUAAGAGAAUUAAAGAACUGUACCACUCUAGAGUAAAGUUGUAGUAAAAUUAAAUUACACGCAUUCGUGCAUGGUUCAUCCAAUGUCCUCCAAACUAAACAACAAUUAUAUUUAUUAUAUGAUUUUUAAACAUUUUUAAUCUAUCAAGUCUAUCAUCUAUGUAACUAUGCUAUGUCCUAGUAUAGUUACACUAUGUUUAGAUAUUAUAAUCAAAUAAUGAAUAACAUAUACUAUCUGGCAAAUAUAAUAUAUGCGAUUAUAUGAAAUAAAUUUCUUACUCAUGCAUCUAGACUUGAAAUACAUGUUUCUAAUUGUAUUUUUAAUAUUAAUAGGCUGCAGCAAUUCCGUCCUGGUAUCAGAAGUGAGAGGUUGGGUUUAUUAAAAAAUAUUUAAAAUAUUAUUGUAAGGUUUGUAUGACAAAAUUUGCCUUUGGUAUCAAAUGAAAGGGUAAAUGCAAAGAAGAGAUACGACCAAGUUUUUUUUACCGGGUCCGAAUAGCGACGAUGCGUGUCCGGAUCCAUUUUGAGUAAAUGCUAUGCGGUUUCCAUUUGUGGUAGUUUAUUUCAGUAAACUGAUGAAUUAACUUUACAAACAUAUAGCCUGUUCAAUUAUCUUUCAUUCGAUACCAAAUUUUAUCUUACAAACCCAACAACAAUAUUUUAAACAUUUUUUAAUCCCAACCUCUCACUUCUGGUAGCCGGGUCCACACUUCGUUUUUAAUAAAUAUUCUUUUUAAUUUGAAGUUGACUUCUACAGUUCAUAACAAUUCAAUAAGUAAAAUAAAUGCAGAAACUAGAUUCUACUUUAAUGUAUUUCUGCUUUGCCAGUGAAUCCUGGGAAAAGAUUUUAAUAUUUUGUAAUGAAUGAUGGAAUUGUUAGAGGUUUGUUGUAGACACUUUAGAUAAUAAUAUAAAAAAUUCUCAACACAAACUUAUUUUGUUUAUAAACUGUCUUUAAUUAGUGAGCAUUAUUUAUUAAUUAGUAUUUGGCUAAUUUAUUUAACUGCAGUACUUAGCUUAACCGAAUCUAAUAGAACUCCUCUUUCUUCAUAAUCAUACACAUAUAAUAUAAUCAUGUUGUAUCUGUUUCAGAAUGUUCCAGAUGCAUCAAAACAAGCACUCACAGAUUAAAGGAAAGUCCUAACAAAGAUUAUGCUGUUAGUCAAGUAUAUGUUAACAGGAACCCAAGGUACACAUGGUUACAACUUUUUCUUUGUCAUUCUCAUCAGGUCAUCACAGACUCCCAAUAAUAAUAAUAAUUUGCCACUCUACAAUAAAUAUUUAUCAAGGAAAAAUUACUCUUCUGCAACAGCACAUUUUAUGAAUAAGGAUGAAGGAACACAAAUAACUUGGCUCACACCACAUUAACAUCUCUGGAAGAUUGAAAAAGUAUAUAGGAAGUAAUAGACAUUUUAUAAAUAACAAUCGGCUUUAUUUAAGAUUAAAUUGUCACUAAAAGGUCCUACUGGAGAGUAUGAUUUUUUUCCCCCAGAAAUCUUGAAAAACUCGCACUUGCAAGGAAGCGGUUGGGAUGGAGAUUUCAGUCACCACGAAAAGACUACUAUCAUAAGUAAGGAAAAGUUUAAGUUAUUGUAUGAAAAUGCAAUUUUUGGUAAACAGUUAUAAAUUGUACACAUAAAGAUAAUGCAAAUAAAUUUUUUUUCUAAUCAAGUGAAUUGAAUUCCCUUAUUGCAACUUUAAUAAAUUAUGAUGAUUUUGUUUGUUUGUAUUUCCUUUUGUUUAGGUUAGUAUUUUCCCACACUCAGAAACACACAGAGGCUUGGAUUGAACAUUUCACAGGGGAAGUUGUCCUCAUUGCCAGUACUAAGGAAUGGGCUAUAAAAGACCAGCUCUACAGGUUUGUGGCAUUGACUUUUGAAUGUCAGUCAAAGGUUGAAUUGAUAUUAUUAUUAUAGUUUUAUGAUCAUUUAAAAAAAAAAUCCUUUAUACAUACUUUGCUUUUGUUUGUGGCUGGGUGGCAAAAUCUUCGGACGGCUAAUUGACCACUUACCCUCAAGCUAUCAAGUUGGAACAUGGCACAUAGACUCGUUGCCAAUGACAACACAUGCUAUCAAAUUUUCAGCCCCACCCUCCUAACCCCAAAAAUCAGUUUUUCCUGUUUUUCAAGGGAAAAUAAAAUAAAAUUCCUGAAAACUGAGCUAAAUAAGAUUAUUUUUAAAAAAAUAUUGCAAGUACAAUAUUUCUUUUGCUUUUCUGAAAUGGUUGUAUGGUUGGUGACAUAAAUAUGAGGUGUAAAAGCUGGUGGGUCAUAAGAAUAUCAAUAUAGUUGAGGGGCUUUAUAAAAUGUGUGGUUGCAAGUGGGGAGGUGGGGGGGCACACUAAUUCAGAUUCUUAUAAAAUGCAUCAUCUGUGUCGCGCUGCGCCCCCUCAUUGCUCAAUAUUACAUUUUAUUUAGCAGUAGAAAGAAAAAAAUACGUUUCGAUUUUGAAUGUGUCACCAUUGCCCUUAUUUAUUUUAUAGCUUGAGAAAUAUCUGGCCAACUGCUGGUGUUUUGAAAAGUUGAAAUAUUGUGUUGUUAGCUACAUUUUAAAAUAAGAAUGUAAAUAAAAAUAGAACUAAUUGCUUCUUAAGUCAGGUGUUCUUAACCUUUUUGCAGCACUGCACCUCCUGUUGAUUUCAAAGAUUUCCUGCAGGCCAUUCUCAAUUUCAAAACAUAGUUCUUGCACGGUUAGGAUAAAAAUGCAUAGAAAAAUAAAAAUAUACCUGAUUUCUUGGUCGUCCCGCACCCCCUGACACUGCCUCUGGCACCUCCAGAGGGUUGCAGGCAUCCCUGGUUAACAACUCCUCUCUUAAGUCUACUGUAAAUUUCCAACACUACCUUCAGAAAAAGAUAAAACAAAGUUUAAUGGCUCAUUUUAUUGCUCAAUUUCCAGUAUUUAUGCGAAUGCAUUUAAAUUUAACUUUGGUCUGAUUGGUUGCAUUUACCUUGUUUUCAAGCGCCAAUGACGUAUCAGCAAGUUCAAAUAUUGGCAAAAUUCUGGCACAAAGAUGUCUGGAAAGUGGAUUAACAUCAGUAUUCUUUGAUGAGGCCGGUGUUAAUAAACAGGCGCCAAGGGUAAGGAGGCCAAUUUUUGGUUUAUCGAAUCUUUAAACCGUGUUUUCCAGCUUUUUGAGUUGAAAAAAUGUUUCACAACAACCAUGUAAUCCUUUCAUAACUAUGUGAUCAUAAGACUAACAAUACCGAAUAUUUAAGGGAUGCUCUUGACUGUCCAUAAAUUGAAAGGCAAGUCUUUUUGCAUGACUCAGAAAAUUCCUUAUCUAACAUUAUUUGUCCUGUUUACAUUUAGAAAUUAGUCAUUUGCUUUUAUUGUAAUCAGCAAAACUAAUGGUACAGAUUUGAAACUAAAAGAAUUUCAGAAUUUGAGAAUAACAAAUCAGCUAACCGAAGAGGAGUUUUAAUUUCAUUUAAUCUCCAUAUAGUUGAAAAUCGCAAAUAACGCUUUUUGAAAAAUUUCCCUAUUGGUCAACUUAACAAAAUAAAUAAGCAAAAUAAGUGCCUCCAUAUGUUAACAAAUAAUACUUGAUUAAAUGUGUGUAUCACGUCUAUGUGUUCUCUUAGUCAGAGAAAUACAUGUAAAAUAAGUGUGUCCAUAAAUCAUUCCAUUUCAUAAUAGAAAUCUAUUUAGUUUUCUUUCUUACUUAAAUGCAAUAUCAUAAUUAAUGACAUUUAUUUACAUGUUAUUAUCAAGUUAUUUUCCAAUACCGCCAGAGGUAUUACAUUCCUGAAAUUGUUCUUUCUCUCCAAGGUCGCAACAUUUCUGGAACAGUUUAAGAAUGCCAACAUCUCCCUGACUGAACCAAAGAUGGUGACGCCCCAGUUCAGGCCAGGAAUAGACUAUGAUAACUACAACAGAUACGCUGAGCCCAAAGAAUGGCAGGAGGACUACCAGAAAGUUUGACAAUAAACCCUCUAGUUGUAUGAAUGCAAGUGUUUUAGUGAACGUUUAAAGGAUGAUAUAUAUGCAGCAUGUCAAAGAAUUAAUUAGAUUCAUGUCAUCAGCAUGAAUUUCAUUCAUUAUUUUAUGUUCACAUUCAGCUUCCUUAAUAUUUUCAUUCAUUAUUUUAUGUUCACAUUCAGCUUCCUUAAUAUUUUCAUUCAUUAUUUUAUGUUCACAUUCAGCUUCCUUAAUAUUUUCAUUCAAUAUCAACCGACGACUAAUACAGUUAAUUUUUUUCUUGGACAUCGGUGUCAUUGAUUAAAAAAAAAAUUCAAAUGCAAUUUAGGACCUUCAGAAUAGAUAUUAUUAUAGACUGCAUUUAAAAAGAGAAUUUCUUGUGAAUGAUAUGUGUGAUCUUUAUAUUUGUUUGAUAAUGGUCAACUAUGUACCGAUUUCAUGUUUAUAUGAUUUAAAAAGAUGUGGAGGAGAAAAAUUAAAAACUUAAAAU